AUGGUCGACUUUUUUAAUGCGGAUUCCGACUUUAAUCUCGGUGGAGGUGAUGCGGCUACCGAGGCUGCGUUACAGCAGAUGCUACAACAACUCGGACUCGAUCUGAGAACCGCCAUGACUGGACAACACGCCAAGAUACGCGACUUCCUGACCAGCAUGAAGGAUCCAAGCCCUUCCAAGCAACUUUCCUCACUCAGCGAACUGUGCGAGAUGCUGUCGAUGGGUGCUGACGACACGGUGUCAAACACACUAGCUCGGGAGAUGGUCCCGGUAUUGGUGGAGCUUCUGAAUACCGGGGCGAAUGAUGAGAUCAUGAUCACGGCGUGUAGAGCAUUGGUGUAUUUAAUGGAGAUCAUGCCAUCGUCUUCAGACGUCGUUGUUUCAGAGGGUGCUGUGCCGGUGCUUUGCGCUAAGCUGAUGGUCAUUGAGAUUAUUGAUCUGGCCGAAGAGGCCUUGUUGGCGAUAGAGAAGCUGUCCAGGCGGAAUGGAGAUGCGCUGCUUGAAGGAGGUGGCCUGGCUGCUGUGUUGACGUAUCUCGACUUCUUUGCGACUGCGUCGCAGCGGUCCGCACUAACAUCAGCCUCCAACAUGUGUGCGGAAGCCACCAAUACAAAGGAGUGCUACGAAUCUGUGUUGCCAGUCAUGGGCACCCUCAGACAUUUGGUGGCAAGCGGCGAUGCUAAGAUGGCCGAGAGAGCCUGUGCGUGCUGCAUGAAUCUGGUGGAUGUCUUCCAGGGCGAUGCCACCAAGUUGGAGACAAUUGCUGGGUCGGAUCUGGUACCUAACUUGCUGACAAACAUCGGCCAUACGCAAGAGUCUGCGGCUGUGCUCACGACAGUCAUCCUCACACUGGCACAGCUAUGCAACGGAAGCCCAAAGCUUGCCGCGGCCUGUUUCGCACAGAAUGUUCCCGAUCUCGUAUACAACUUCGUUGUGGAGGAGCAUCACAGUGUGAAAGCAGAGACAAGCACAGACAGCCCAUUGAUAGCACACAAGGGCAAUGCACUCGCCCACGUGCCCACCACAACAGGAGUGGUGCUGAAACACCAGCCACCCAAGCAGGUGCAAGAGUUCUUCACGUUGAUGUGCCACAUGUUACCCCGAUUGCCCCAUACGGAUUUGUAUCGCAGUCUCGGCUCAGAGGGGUGCAAAGGCGGACACGCGAAAGGAGAUGUGAAGGCAAACGUCGACUAUAGAGCACUGGCUCGACAAUGGAUCCCCGUGCUUGUUGAGGUACACGUCUCCAUGUUCAAUCUCGCACUACAAGAGUCCUGCUUGUCGUUGCUGCUCAAGAUACUAGUCUGUGUAUGUGAAGAAGACAAGAAAGGCGCACACCACACUCAGGCCGAACAAGAUGAACUAUCCGCUUGUUUAUCAGAGCUCACGGCGUCGUUCAUAGCCUCAUUACUGAAGACGUCGCGUGCGUCGCCCAUAAUGUUCGGCAUCGCCAUGGCAACCACGCUGCUCAAGCGGGUGCCCAACGUGUACAUGGCAGCCUUCCUACGCGAGGGCGUGGCGCAUGAAAUGCAGCGUCUUAAAGUGGCCGAAAGUGCCAAGGAAUCGAAGCACAAGAGCGGUGACCACGGCUCGUCCAGCAAGACUUCGGGUGUGAAAAAACGGGCCAGUGUAGAGGGCAGUGACAAGCAGCGCAAGUGGAUCAAACGGUACGCCGGCGAGUUCAUGGCUGUGCUGCAGGCCGAUUCGUCGGCAUCGUCACUUCUGUCGGAGCAAUCGGCGACCAAUGCCGCGCUUGCUACCCUGGUGGAUGCACUAAACAACGCAAAGAACGGUGACUCCCAGGGCCUGCGACUGCUGCGUGAUAUCAUCACCACACAGCAUCCGGCGCUGUCGGCAUAUGAAGUGAACAACAGUGGUCUUGUUCCUGCUCUGUUGUCGUACUUCUCUGUUUCUGAACCCGCACACCGAUUGGAGCGUCUGCGUGCGUUCGUGAAGUUAUUUCUCACGCCCACGCGUGUCCAGUCCAGCACGGCGCGAGCGAUGUCCGUCGAUGCCGAUGCCGCAGUGGACAAUUACGCAGGAAUUGUCGAUGGCAGCGAAGGCCCUCCGGCGAUGAAGACACUCUUGCGCAUGCUGAACGACGUGCUUUCGCGCGUGGAAACAUUCCCACUGCAAAUUCACAAUGUAGUGGCCAGUGACGGGAGUCCGUCGAGUUUCAGCAACCAUCUCAAGGUGCUCACUCAGCCCGUGAAGAUCAAGCUAGAGAGGGCCGCCGGCCAGAGUGCGAAACUGCGCGAGUUGAAGAAAGUGGUCGCGGUGGAGCCCAUGGCGUCGAUGUCGGCUAUCGAGGACUUCCUCUGGCCAGAAGUCAGGCCGAAAGAUACAAUAACCGGUGCAUCUGAAAGCAGCGCAAGCAAUCGGCUGGGCGAUCUCGCACGCGCGCUCGAACGUAUGAACCGAAACGGAACAGAUGUCGACGAUGUCACAACAAAGGACUCCGACGAGGUCGCUGAUGAACCUUCCGAUGAUGCAGACACGGAUACCAAAGCCGAUGGGGGCAGCGAUACGGAAAAGUUUGCUCAAGCCGAAGAUGCGAGGGGUGAUAAAGCGGACACAGAUGCGAGUGCUGCAACGAAACCACAAACACGUUCGCAAACCAAAGCCCGUGCAGAGGUCGAUACUAAGCCAGAUACAAAAGACGACAAGAUACCUUCACCCCCAAGGGCAUCCGCACGCACGCAGUCACACCCCCUGCAUAGCACGUCCAAGACCCUGGAGAGCCGGAAGUCUAAGAUCAAGAAAGAAAAGCCGACGGAGCCGAAGCUAGACUUCUUUGUGGAUGGGCACUUGCUGGAUCACAAGACUACUGUAUUGCACUGUUUACAAAAGUAUACCGAUUUCUCUAGUCGAGAGCAUAAGGUACCCGGGACAAGCCAAAUGAGCCGAGGGUCCUCGCAAUGGUCUUCAUCGAGCAACCUCUCCGGCGAUAAGGAGUUCGUCAUCACCUAUGCCAUACGUGAGGUGGACCAACCAGACACCUUCUCGCGCAACGCCCUGUCCAGCGUACACACUCCUGCGGCGCCGUACACGUCCGCGUGUGCAGCCUCGGCCAAUAGCUCGGAGGAGAGCUCGAGUGCAGGUGCCGUAAUAGGCAGUCGGAAACGCGCGCUGUCGGUGGACGGUAUCCGGGUGCAUGGACCGGAAGACAGCUACCUGCAUGUGUUCAACGACGUGUUGGAGUGGGAUGAGAGCGAUACGAAGCAGUUCAUUAUCACGGAUGGAGCGACGAUACACACUAUAAGAAUCCUGCGGCUCGUGCAUUCGGUCAAUUCGAGGUGGUAUCUGCUGUACCCGAGACAAGAAGCCCUGGCCAUGAGAGACCAAGUCAGGAUAUUGUCAGGAAGCGCCUUCAAAAACAAAACACUCAACGCCAAAAUUUGUCGACAAUUGAUUGAUCCGCUCACGCUUGCGAGUGCCUCAGUACCCGAGUGGUGUGAUGCUUUAUGCCACAGAUGCGGAUUCCUACUACCGAUGAAGACGCGUCAGUCGUAUCUGCACGCGACAACGUUUGGCAUUGCGAGAGCACUGACGAAUCUGCAGAAGCAAACGGAACAGAGCGGUGGCACACAGAAGGCGGAGCUGAGGAUCGCCAGGAUACAACGUGCUAAGGUCAAAAUAAAUCGUGAUUCGAUGCUGGACGCCUGCAAGAAACUUAUGAGUCGAUAUGCCUCGUCGCACAUGAUGUUGGAGAUUGAGUACAAAAACGAAGUUGGGACUGGACUGGGGCCAACGCUCGAGUUCUACACGCUGGUAUCCCGCGAAUUCCAAGCAGACGAACUGGCCAUGUGGCGCGAAAAGCAACAGACUGUCGGUUUAUAUCCUGCGCCGCUCCCGACAGACAUCAAGUCGUCAAGAAAGCGUUGCCGUAUGUUCAGAACUCUGGGUCAGUUUGUGGGCAAGGCACUUUGGGAUUCCAAGAUGAUUGAUAUCCCAUUUUCUCAAACCUUGCUUCGGUGGUUGUUAUUUGAAGAGGAUCAGUUCCGUAUUACGACACUGGAGGAUAUCGAUCCCGCUCUGUGCCGCACCAUCACGGCACUGGAUGACGUUCGACAGCAGUAUGAGGUCAUAGAUACCAACGAAGCAUUGACAGACGAAGAGAAAGAAGCACAGAUCAAUGCGCUCAGGCUCAACGGAGCGACCGUAGAAGACUUGUGCCUUGAUUUUACUAUCCCCGGCUACCCUGAUAUAGAAUUGAUUCCUGGAGGUGCUGAUCAGACCGUCGACAUCCACAGGCUUGGACAGUACAUUCGGUUGGUGGUUAAAACUAUACUCGUAGACAGCGUUGCUCAACAAAUGGAGGCAUUUCGGUCAGGGUUUGACGAGGUAAUAUCCCUGACGGCACUCAAGGGUUUCACUCCGAACGAAUUAGCGCUAAUGCUGUUUGGUGCUGAAGAGAAAUGGGACGUAGAAACACUCGCUGCGAAUACAAAACCAGACCACGGCUACACUAGCGAAAGCGCGGCCGUCAAGAACCUGUUCUUCAUCAUGGCUAACUAUACCCCAGAUGAGAAGAGAAAAUUCCUGCAAUUCAUCACUGGAAGUCCUCGCUUACCGGUUGGAGGUUUGAAAAGUUUGCAACCACCGCUUACGAUCGUGCGAAAAGCUCCAGACGACUCUAUGCAGCCCGAUGAUUUCUUGCCUUCAGUGAUGACUUGCACCAAUUAUUUGAAACUGCCAGACUACUCUAGUCGAGAGGUGAUGGCAGAGCGACUUGUUACGGCCAUCAAUGAGGGAACGGGCAGUUUCCACAUGUCGUAG